AUGACCGGUGUCCACAAGACUCAAGAGAUGACCAGUGUCCACAAGGCUUCCAUGAUGACCAGUCUCCACAAGACUCCCAUGAUGACCAGUGUCCUCAAGACUUCCAUGAUGACUGGUGUCCACAAGACACCCAUGAUGACCGGUGUCCCCAAGACUCCAAUGAUGACUGGUGUCCACAAGACUUCCAUGAUGACUGGUGUCCCCAAGACACCCAUGAUGACCGGUGUCCCCAAGACUCCCAUGAUGACCAGUGUCCACAAGGCUUCCCUGAUGCCUGGUGUCCUCAAGGCUCCCAUGAUGACCAGUGUCCCCAAGACUCCCAUGAUGACUGGUGUCCCCAAGACUCACAUUAUGACUGGUGUCCACAAGACUCACAUUAUGACUGGUGUCCACAAGACUCACACGAUGACUGGUGUCCACAAAACACCCAUGAUGGCCAGUGUCCACAAGACACCCAUGAUGACCAGUGUCCACAAGUCUCCCAUGAUGACCGGUGUCCAGAAGACUCCCAUGACUGAGCAGUGA